CACGAAUACAAACCAAAACAAAGCGAUUCAUUCCCACUCAGACGUGAAUGUUUAAGUGUUAUUUUUUACCUUAAAACGCAAAAAAUACGCGUUUUUUUAUCAGCUAAUUACACUUUCCGAGAGUCUGGACUUCGUGUUUAACGGCAAGAAUGUGUAGUUGCGUCAGAAAUGGGAUAUAGAUGAUCGUUAUUGUUUUCAAUGGGUAAUUAAUAGGUGCAAGAUAAUACGUUCGUGGGCGUAGCUGGAAUGAUAUAAUUUUCCUCGUUUGUAAAGAAUUCCAAUAGAGCAUAAUGGCUGUAAUGACGGCAAGCGUGCUAAACAAUUUUGCGGACUUGGCUCUCUCUCUUCCGACUCCGUCCUUAGAAGCAACUAUCAAACAGAAUCCUUCUAUUGUAGACUCUACAGGCUAUGAUGGCAGAACGGCCCUCCAGAAGGCGGUAAUGGUGGGGAAUCUACCGGUGGUGAGAAUGCUGCUUCAGUAUGGAGCAGACCCGAACUUAAGAGCUCAGUCAGGCGAGACUGCUGUUCAUGUUGCUUGUUGUCGAGGCUUCCUGAACGUGGUGGUCACACUGUUCAAGCAUGGAGGGGACCCCAUGAUUUUGGAUAGUUCUGGGAGAGUUGCAGUGCAUUGUGCGGCCAUUGCUGGAUCCCUGUUGUUAAUACAGUAUUUAGCUGAAGUGUGUGAGGUUAACCUUGAAGCUGAGGAUAGCCGUGGUUGCACCCCAUUGCACAUUGCAGCUGCCUGUGGUCAUCUAGAUCUUGUGCAAUAUCUUGUGAAUAAGAAAAAAGUGAAUCGUACAAAAGUGGACAGCGAGGGUAACAGCGUGUUGCAUGCCGGAGCUGCAGGUGGGGUGUCGGGUGUGUGCUGGGUGAUCACAUACCCAGGUGCUGAAAACCUCCUCACAACUCACAACGCCGCUGGUCUUACUCCUUCUCAGGUUGCGCAGGCCUCACUCUCUGUUUCCCCCGACUGCCGCAAGUGGCUGGAGAAGUGGACGCACCAGUAUUCCCGGGGCGGAGCGGUCGAGUCCCCCCGCUGGCCCUGGCUCAUACAGCUGCUAACACCGGUGACCUUGUUCUAUAUUGGCAUCAUUCUGUCUGUCCUGGCAAUGCCUCAUCAUCAGUGGAUGGUUGGAGCGCCCGUGUUUAUUGUGGCUCUGACGGUCAUGGCCAGACAGCAGCACCGCAUGAAGCAUCCAGUUAGAUGGCCAAACCCCAUAUACCUAGGAGCAUAUGGAGGAGGACUCUUUUCUACCAUAGCGUGCUACAUCAUCUCAGUGGAAGCUUACCGGCAUGAAUAUCUCAUCAUAUCGCUCGUGAUGUGGAUUGUGGCUGGCUUUCAUAUAGGACUCUUUUACAAAUUGAUAACAGGUGAUCCAGGCAUAGUACGUGCUGAAGGGCCACUUCAAGAGGUGCUACGAGGGGUGGGUGAGGGAGUGGUUCGGGGCUACUGCUCAGAGUGCCAGCUCGCGAUGCCCCCUCUCUCGCACCAUUGUCGCUUGUGCGUCAAGUGCCACCACCAGAUGGACCACCACUGCCUGUUCCUCAAUACUUGCAUAGCGUCCAACAACCACUGGCACUUCGUUGUGUUCGUGAUGACAAAUCUCUUUCUGAUGGUGGGGUUUGUGCACGGGGCCUUUGUUGCCACCAUGCCCAAAACAGAUGAAGGAGACUGGAUAGAGAGGCUGUUAGCACAUAUGUUGUAUCUUCUGAAUGAAAAUGUGUGGACCCUGCUGAUGAUAAUAUGCAAUGUCGUCUCCUUUGUAUGGGGCUUCCAUCUUUUAAAAGGCCAGUUCAAAGUAAUUGGGUCUCAACAAACAACACUGUGCCGCCUAAAGCUUGGAACCCCGUUGACCAAACUGACGAUGAAGGAGAGAAUGAAGAACGUAUGGAGUUUCCUUGUACGUGGCAGAGUGCCAUUAAGCAAUCAGACUCAUUACUUCAACCAAGUCUAGCUCUUGGGUGUGGUUUAGUAGUUUGUUUUGUUAUGUUGUCAUGUUUUUUCUUUGUCUUUUCUCUACAGCACAAUGCUUGUAAUACAAUUAUUUCAGGGCAGCCAAGAUGAAAGUCCCAUUUUAUCCUAACUUUGUAUGUGAUUUACCCGAGUAUUUUCUUGAAAUGUGUCGUAUCAAAAAUAUGGCUCUGAUUUGUAAUGCAUGCUGAGUCAUUUUUGCUUUACGUAUGUUGCAUUAUGUGUAUUUCAUUCAUAGUUCAUAUGUGUAUUGUAGUUUCAUUUAGUUUUACAGUGCUUGCGUUAUUCAGUUGGCUUAAAAUCAUAUACCAAGUGAUGUGUUGUAAGUCACUUUCAAACUACAUUGUUCACAUCUUUUCAAAUGUUUGCUGAACCGGUUGCACCUGAAUUAUUUGCUGUGAUAAAUGAGCCAGGUAAUAAUUUUAGAAGAAGGAGAAGAAAAGAAGUCCUGGGAUGAGUAAAGAGAAAGAGUUAACGUUUAUGCAUAGAUAUACAUUCAAAUUAUUAAUAAUGAUUCCUUCUACUGAACAAUUUUUCCAUUCUAUGUUGAUUCAGCUUUGAGUUUUAAAAGAGUUUUAUAUUUGCACAUGAUGUAUUAUGAUUUAUAACAUACUUCACGGAAACUAUUUAUGUUUCCAAAUGAACCCAGUUCUGUUACUCUGAGGAAGGUUAUUGGGGACCCAGUUAUUAAUAUAAGCUUUUGCAAUAUGUUACCAAAGGAUGUUUGCCUCCUAUGAAGUUGAUAAUGUCCAAGGAGGUAGUGGAAAGACUAGCUGCCUUUUUGUAGGACAAGACAUUCCAAAAAGAAAUGUUACUUUACAGAUCUAUUCUUACAACAGAGGUAACCAAAUAUUUACAAGUAUUUUUAUUGAAUGUAUAAUUUUGUCUGGAAAUUGAGAUAUUCUUUUGUAAUGAAAAGGCAGGUCCCUUGUCUAAAUAUGAGUAGAAAAAUGCUUAAGUCGGAAAAGAAGCUUUUGAUUUGAUUACUAUCUUUGUAAUAUGAUAACGAAGAUAUGGAAUUCUAGUAUAUGUGAAAAGAGGAAUUUUACCAUUUUAUCAGAUUUUUUUGAUAAGUGUCAUAAUGAAAGUCAUAGAAUUUUAAGGUACUAUUUUACAAUUUUGUGAAGGUCUUGAUGAAGGGGAGCAAAUAUUGUUUUAUUUUAUGUGUUUUUACAAAUGCCAAAUGAACGUGACUUUGGUAUUUAUUUUAAUUUCUUUUCUGUUCUGUAUUUUAUUAUUAUUUUUGUUUUACUUAGCUUUAGAAAGUAGUGUUAGCUAGUACUGAUUAAUAGUUCUUCAGCAAGACAUUGAUUUUAUAGUUUUUUUUUUAGUUUCUUUUUUUUUUUUUUUUUUUGCUUAUUAUAAUCUGCUUAAGACACGGAUUGUAUCUUAAAUAGGUAUAUUUCAGAGCCUGUGAAUCUGAAUAAUUUUUUUUUCUUUUUUUUACUUAAACCUUAGCCACCGGGUGGCAUGUAUGUACACGUCGUGGCAUGAUUGGACUAUAUUCCGGGUGUCAUGUGUGUAAAUGGCAUGGUGUGCCAAUCCCGUUUUCUGGGGGCAAGUAUGGUCAUGCCAUGCAUGCUAGGGUGACGACACAAGCCCUUGGCAGUGGGGCCCGGGAAAUCACCUGUUAGUAUUGGGUUGAUUAGAAAAGAGAGCUCAAAAUGUAACAUAUUUCCGAGCUAGGAACUACUUAAAAUUGUGUGUGGGGAUUUUUGUGAAUUAUUAAACUGUUAUUCAAAAUAGAUCUUUCAUGCUAUCUAUAAAAGAAAAAAAAACAAAAAAUGAACAGCUGUGCCAAUAAUAUAUGAUAAAACAAAAGUCUGAAAAAGGUAAUAAAUAUGUAAACAGUGUUGUUUUUAUGUUUUUUAUGUAUUACCUUUAUAUAUAUAUCUGUACACUUAUUUUGUAUGAAAAACAAAGACAUAUCUAGGGAAUAGGCACUUCUUUAUAAGUGUUUGUUAAUGUUGGAGUUGGUAAUAGAUGCUAUUAUUAGAUUAUUUUGCAAAAAAAAAAGAAAAAAAAAAUUGAGCCCUGUGGAAGAAAUGGAAAUAAGUUAAAGAUAUCUGAUUUAAAAAUUUGAGAUUGUAUAUUAGCAUCUGAUAUGUAUGGAAUGUUCACUCGGAAUAGAAGCUUACAUGCCAAAAUGUUUUAUUCAUAUUGAGAGACUUGGUUGAUUGAAAGGACCAAGUAGUAGUCACAGGUAUGUUUCAGUCCAAUGAUGCUGGGAAAGUGUGGUGUCCACUAAUAGGCCCAUGUGUGACCUAACUUGAUUUUCCCUUUCCUUGAGUUUUCAGAUUUUUCUUUCUGAUGCUAUUAGUAUCAAUGAUAUUAUUAGUGUUAUUACCGAUGUGAUGAGUAUUAUAGUGUUAUUAAUAAUUCUGAUAGCAAUAUAAAAUUGAUAAUAUUAUUUUCAAUGAUCAGAGAAAAUGUUAAAUUGGGGAGAUGGAUAGGACUAGUAAUUCUUAAGUGACUGAGUAUUUAUGGAGCCAUCUAUAUGUAAAUGCAAUUAUCAUUAAAACAAAUUCAGAGUCAGUAUGGCAUGUACAUACAUGCCAUCCCCAGUGGCAGUGGGUUAAGGUGAGAGCGGGACAUUAUUUUUUUUGUGGAAAUUUUGGGAGAAAUAAUAUGAGACAGUUGUAAUUUUUUUUUCAUACAUAUAGUAGAAAGUAAAUAUAUUAGGGAAAUAUGUUUAUAUCUGUUCAAUAUUAUCACAACCAUACACUCACUCACUACAUGUAAUACUGAAGUGGAUGCAAUAGUAUUCAUUCUCUGGACUCCACUAUCAUAACAGGGAUUCAGUAGUGAAUAAGCAGGAAUGAACAACAAGUUCAUUCAUGGAGAGACCAGAGCACCAAAGCUGCGUUCAAUACACUCAUUUAAAAACAUUUAUCUCAUUUUGCUUCUCAUGAGUUAACUUUUUUCAUUCUUUCAUUUCUUAAAGUUUUUAAUCAUCGUUUAUUCAAAAUGAGUUCAAAAUUGUCAAAUGAGUAAUUGCAGGAAAUUCAUGUGAAAUACUAUAACAACAACUCGUCAGGAUCAUACUGAUUUGACAUCAUUAAUUGCCAAAAAGAGAAGAAGAAAAAAAAACAAAAAAACGAGCACAGGGCACAAGGUAGAAUGCAAUGUCAAAGAUUUCUCAGCAUUUAAUCAUUUGAUAGAGAAGAUAACACUACUCCAUUAUAAGGGGGACAAAAUACAUGUUACGGUUUUAGGAUCAUUGUUAUCAUCAGCAUUUUACAUUCUUGUUAUUUAAGGGAAGAAAAUGAUAUUUGUAUUAUGUCUUAUAGUUGUUGGGCAAGAGUCUUAGUAAAUGAAUCUAAUAUAUGGGUGUCACCCCAAAUGUUCAUGUAUGUCUGCACAAAUGAAAGCAUGUAUAUAUGUGUGCAUGGAUUUAUGUCUGGAAGCAUGUAUGUGUGCAUUAUAUCUAGGUGAAAUAAAGAAAAGAAAAAAAGCAUUGAAUAGAUAUUUGGAAUAAAAAGAAAGAUAAGAUGGGGGGGGGGGGAAGUGAAAAGACAUGAGGAAAAUAUUUGUUUCAGUUUAAAUUUGUUAUAUGAAUUUCUGAUAAAAGUUGAAGCUAAUUAUUUUUGAAAACUUAUUAUAGAGCAAAGCACAAAACUUCUAUUAAUGUGUGUAUAGAAAAAUUUAUUUAGGUAUAAAAGAAAUUUUUGGUCGUAUUUUGAUCUUUUUCUAGCACAGUUUUUAGUAUUUUUCUGUAUCAAUGUAAGGCUCUCUGCAUUAUCCUCUCUCUACAGCAUAGAGAGAGAGAGAGAGAGAGAGAGAGAGAGAGAGAGAGAGAGAGAGAGAGAGAGAGAGAGAGAGAGAGAGAGAGAGAGAGAGAGAGAGAGAGAGAGACACAAAUAUUAUUCUUUAUUACCCUGACAGUUUUAAAGACAUUUUAUGUUAUAUAGUUGUUUGUAACAGACACAUGUAUUGUAAAAUCAACAACCCUAUUUUUUAUCAAAUUUUUAUGUAUAUGUAUGCACUGAAUAAAACUGUUGUAUCAAAAAAUACUUGUCGGUAAGUGUAUUGUAUUGGCGUAAUUGUUAAAUAUUUUUGUAGCAAUAGUUCUCCAGUGAUUUCUAUCUAAUAAUUCUUUAUUUAAAAUGAUCAUAUGAUUCAAAUAUCUGAUUAGACUACAGUAUGGAUAUUUUUCAUCUAUAUCUAUAUAUCUGUACAAUGAACAAAUUAAUUAAUA